GACGCAGUGUGCUAGCCUCGCAGACUUUGCCCUAGAGCGGCAGUAUAAAGAGAGUUAUUCGAACACGGCCCGUUAUACGCAUCAGUUUAAGGUGGACUACAGACACUCAUGACGCUCAUUAGUUCACGAGCUUUUUCCACUCUUUCGCACUGACGACACCAUCCGCACAGGACUGAGCGCUGAGGCAAACAUCUGUCUAAAGACUAAAGGUUGAUCAUGGAGGCCUUUAAUCACAGAGUUAACACUUAUAUUGACUCUUGGAUGGGACCCAGGGAUCCUCGAGUUAGAGGAUGGCUUCUACUGGACAACUAUAUCCCCACUUUCGUCUUCACUGCCAUGUACCUGCUGGUUGUGUGGAUGGGACCAAAAUACAUGAAGAACAGACAGCCAUACUCAUGCAGGGCACUGCUACUGCCGUACAACCUCGGCCUCACACUUCUGUCUCUCUACAUGUUUUACGAGCUGGUAAUGUCAGUGUAUCAAGGCGGGUACAACUUCUUCUGCCAGAACACUCACAGUGGAGGAGAGGCUGACAACAGGAUGAUGAAUGUACUUUGGUGGUAUUACUUUUCCAAACUCAUUGAGUUCAUGGACACUUUCUUCUUCAUUCUGAGGAAGAACAACCACCAGAUCACGUUCCUGCACGUCUACCAUCAUGCCACCAUGCUCAACAUCUGGUGGUUCGUCAUGAACUGGGUGCCGUGUGGCCACUCCUACUUUGGCGCCACGUUUAACAGCUUCAUCCAUGUGCUGAUGUACUCGUAUUACGGCCUCUCUGCCGUCCCAGCCAUGAGACCGUAUCUGUGGUGGAAAAAGUACAUCACUCAAGGGCAGCUGGUCCAGUUUGUGCUGACCAUGUUCCAGACGUCUUGUGCUGUGGUUUGGCCAUGUGGUUUCCCAAUGGGCUGGCUGUAUUUCCAGAUCACUUACAUGAUCACUCUCAUCUUACUCUUUACAAACUUCUACAUAAAGACGUAUAAGAGACACGCAGGGUCCCGGAAGACCGAUUACUCGAACGGAGCAAUUAAUGGUCACACUAAUGGGGUGACAUCCAACGAGAAUGUUAAAUACAGGAAAGCGCGUACAGAUUGACGUUAUUGGUAUUAGAGGAGCAGAGGAGCUUCAUGUAUGUCUAUCCAUUUACCACGCUACAGCCAUUUCAUCUUUAAGAGACUUCUGACGUUUUUUGCACACUGCAACCUCAUGCUGUUCAUAUUGAAUCCAAAAAUGAAGAAAAGAGAGCUUCAGCCAGUGUACUUGAGUUUUUGUUGUUUUUCAUAUGACAUUUUUUGUUUUUUGUUUUUUCCUUGAAAUGCAAAGAUGGCUAACAUUUAAUACUGUACUAAUUUGCACUCUUGCACACAAAGCUUGCUUGUAGACAUAAAGAAGAAUGUAUUAGAAGAAUUUGACAAGUAUGCAGAAGAACGUCAUACUUAUGAGCUGAAUCAAACACGGUAGCAGCUUAUACUGUUUUAUAGCACAGACAGAUAAUCUUACACUCAGUAGAAGAUAGUGUGUUAAAGUCAAAACAGUACCUUGAAAAAUGCAGAGAUAAUGGGUGCUAUGUAGCUUUAUGGGAGAAGGCCCGGUUUCACAAACAGGGCUUAGUUUAAGCCAGGAGUUAAAUUAAGACAUUUAAGCAACUUUUUAAGGCAACAAAAAUGACCGUAUUUAAAGAUAGGUCAGAGCAAGAUAUUUUCGACUGAGACGGAUCAAACAUGCAUUUUAGUCUUGGUCUAGAUUAAGCCUUGUCUGUGAAAUUGGGGGUAAGAGUUAACUAAAUAAUUGUUGAAUGUCAUGAAAACGUGUCCAGGUUAUAUUUUUUUGACCUCAUUAUUAAUACUUUUUUUUUUUUUCUUACAGUAUUACAUGACAAAUUUACUGUACUACAAUGCCAUUGUAAUAUUUUAAUUUGUUGGUGAAAUAUGAGCCAGGCAUGACCCAGGGUUUAGUAUAUUCAUCCAGAUAGCCCUGCGCGUGCGUUGGACAGUUGUCUGUUGAAUAUGAAACCACUGGCACAGUAUCUCCAUCCUGCAGAUGUCAGUUUAAUAUCCCUUCAUUUUUACAUUUUGUUCUGUUUACAUGGCUAGCUUUGUAUGAACCCUUGCUUGCAAAAAAGGAAGCAGUAGCUUCCGCUUUAUUUACUGGUGUCGAAAAUGUCGCAACAGAUUCAGCGCAGUACUUUGACUUUUAACAAAACCACGAACAAUGGCUCGCACUGUAACGAUGCAUUUAUAACUCUGUAACGCUUUUCCUUUCCUUUCUGAAACGCUGAAUAAUGCAGCACAGUUCUUUAGACCCAUUUAGAAUCACUUAGAACGUGAAAUCAGUAUGCAAUGUGUAUUUCAACCGCCUAACAUACUCGUUCUUCGUACCAGCAUUCCAAAUCUUGUCAAGCGACAUUAAUUUUGUCCUUGUGUUUGAACAAACUGUUUACUUAAUCUAGCCUGCUGUUAAAGUGUAAUUUAGGUGUGUUAAACCAUUAAAGAACUACAGAAAAACAACACCACUAACUGUAACGCAAAACAGUUCCAGUUCCUCAAAUAAUAUAAUAACCAAAUCAUUCCCUCUGCUAGUAUUCCAUUUAGGAUAAUUAAUGAUAUCUUGCAUUACUGUAACACCUCCCUGGUAAAUGAUAUAAUGCUGUCAAUUCAUGCUUUUAGUGCAGAAAUGUAGACCUACCCAUGUAAUGUACAAGAUAUCAUAUGCUAAUAGCACAGUAGUAUCACAAGAAUUAAUUCUGGAAGUAUUAACACAAUAAGUAGGCUGUUAACAUCAGACACAAUACCAAUAAAGUGAUUUUUAUUUGGAAAUAAA